CCUCCUCCCUCCUCCUCGUUCUUCUUCUUCGGCACGCCAUUAACAAUGGAGACUGGUCCAAGAAUGGGGGCUACUGUUGUUACCUUUUUGAGCUUUGCCAUCUUCCUGGGCGUUGCUUCUGCUGAUCCCGACAUGCUCCAAGAUGUCUGUGUUGCCGAUCUCGCUUCCGGAGUAAAAGUCAAUGGAUUCCCGUGCAAAGCGACUUUCAACGAAACAGACUUCUUCUCCGCCGCGCUGGCCAAACCUGGGCUCACCAACAACACGUUAGGCUCUCUAGUGACCGCGGCCAACGUCGUAAAGGUCCCGGGCCUCAACACCCUCGGCGUGUCCCUGUCCCGCAUCGACUAUGCUCCUCUCGGCCUCAACCCGCCCCACACCCACCCACGAGCAACAGAGAUAGUGUUCGUGCUCUACGGAGAGCUACACGUCGGAUUCAUAACCACCGGAAACGUCCUCGUCGCCAAGACUAUCAAGGCAGGCGAGAUCUUCGUGUUCCCUAGAGGUUUGGUCCACUUCCAGAAGAACGUCCUGCACGCCCCUGCGGCGGUCAUCGCAGCAUUCAACAGCCAGUUGCCAGGGACUCAAGUCAUCGCGACCGCACUGUUCGCGGCCACGCCCACAGUGCCCGACGAUGUUUUGGCCAAGGCGUUCCAGAUUGAUGCGCAGGAGGUUGAGGUGAUCAAGGCUAAGCUUGCCCCCAAGAGCUAGUCUCCUUGUAAAAACUACUCACAUUUCAAUUCAAGUUUGCUUUGGCCUUCAAAUAAAAUCAAGUUUGACAUUGCAAUUUCCAUUGUACUCCUAUCUUUGUUGGUCUCAAGAACCCCACGCUUGUGAUCUUUUUGUACCCAUUUUAUUGAAUAAAACGGGAUUUGA